GGAAAGUGUCCGGACUGGAAGGGGGUGAAAGUGUCCGGACUGGAAGGGGGGGAAAGUGUCCGGACUGGAAGGGGGGGAAAGUGUCCGGACUGGAAGGGGGGGGAAAGUGUCCGGACUGGAAGGGGGGGAAAGUGUCCGGACUGGAAGGGGGGGAAAGUGUCCGGACUGGAAGGGGGUGAAAGAGUCCGGACUGGAAGGGGGUGAAAGAGUCCGGACUGGAAGGGGGUGAAAGAGUCCGGACUGGAAGGGGGUGAAAGUGUCCGGACUGGAAGGGGGUGAAAGUGUCCGGACUGGAAGGG